AAUCACCAUCAAUCCCAAAAUCUCCAUUCCCAAUUUCAUACAAGAUUAUAUAGCUAGCUUGGUACCCUUCUACCAUAUUCUCUCUCUGACUCUCUCUCUGUGCCCAUCCUCACAUUCAUUCUAUUCAUUCAUUCUUCAGUCAUGGGUAAUGCAGCAACAUCUUGUGCUCCUUCAAUAAUCUGCAGCAAUGGCGUAGAAGUAGUAAAGGUGUUGUUCUCUGAUGGAAGACUUGAAAUCUACACAAGACCUGUCAAAGCAGCCGAGCUCAUGGUAGAGAAUCCGGGCCACUUCAUCUGCGACUCAACCCAUCUCAAGGUCGGCCACCGCAUUCCUGGACUCUCCGCCGACGAGGAGCUUGAGCGCCGCCGCCGCCAACUCUACUUUCUUCUUCCCAUGGAAAUGCUCUACUCAGUCCUCACAAAUGAAGAAUUCACUUCUCUCAGAAACAGAGCUUCUAAGGCAUUGACGAAACAUGGAAGCUUCAACUUUUCAAAGAUCUUCCCAGUUCUUGGUGAUCACUUUUGUAUGUUCCCUUCUGAAGCCAAGACAGAUAUUCAGGCGAGCAAUGUUGAAGAGCCGGUGGAGGCGAGGUAUUCGAGGCAAAGAUCUUGGACUCCUGCCUUGGAGACCAUUGUUGAAUCUCCAACAUGUAUGCGUAGGCUUUGAUGAAUUUUUGUUUUGUUUUGCUUUUUUUUUUCUCUAUUUUCGUGCUAGUUGUUGUUAUGUAUAGUGUGACUUUUGAGAGUUACUUUUAGAACAAUUUUUUAUGGGCUAAACCUUUUGUUUUGUUAUUCAAUAAUGUUAUGGUGAUUAAACUUUGAAUAUCAUUGAAUAUAUCAAUAAUGAUGCAUUGGACAUGAUAUUGAGAAGAUAUUGAGCAAAGGGAUGUUCAGAUUGAGAAUGAUAUUGAGCAAGGGUCAAUUUCGUUCAAAUGUAUUUACCAAAGCAAAUUCAUGGACCAUUUGUUUUAAAGUAA